GGUCAAAUCUGGACUUCAAAACUGCAAUGGAUAUCCUGGUUUGUUGAUGUGAGUGCAGAAUUGACUAAUAGAGCAAAAAGGUCAAGGCUUAUAUUGAAGACCAUUUGAUUUUUUAAGUGGUUUUGGCAACAGAUUCACCUUUGCUGUUAUGUUUGGAGCCACUUCCAGCACCUGCCUGAAUAUGUUUUUACAACCAAAAAAUGGAAUUUUUCAAAUGCCUGACCCAGCUGGAUGGGUGCAGGAUGCUGCACAUUUGUAUAUUCAUCAGUUAUGAGAACUUUUCUGUUAGAUCAAGAAAACAUCCUCUACCUGAGAAGUCUGGGUAUUCUCAUCAUCUGUUUGCUGGAUAAUUUUUUCAGAAUAAUUAUUGUCACUGUUUUUGUAUAUGGGAUCCUGUUCUACCCAUUUUUUGCUUGUCUGACAACUGACAACAGACUGGUUGGGUCCUUGCUGGGUUUUCUUUAUGUUACAAUCAGGAGGCUGUAACUGUGUUUGAAGAUUUCACCCCAAAAUUCAAGAACGUCACAAAAGACAAGGCUGGAAUGGAAGACGUUAAAACACUACAAAAAUCAUCUUUGAGGUGGCAGAGGCCGUCGAGAAAUUUGGAAAGCGACACCUGAGUGGAAUGAGGCCUUCAGAGAGGAUCGUUUUUCCAAAAAUGGGUGAGAUGCUGAUCGAGGGAAUUUAUCUCUACCUCUUCGUUGUGAAAGCUUAUAACAUCAACACCAAGAUGUACAUGUAUCACGUCAUCUCAUGGGGUCUUCCAGUGAUCAUGGUGGCCAUUUCACUUGGCAUCGCUGCUGGAAAAGAAGGGUUACAAAGCUAUACGAGUGAUAAAUAUUGCUGGCUUUCCUCGACUAACAACCUGAUCUGGAUAUUUGUCGCCUUUGUAGCUUUCAUUGAAAUUCUCAACUUCUUGAUACUCCAACGAGUCAUAAGGGAGAUGACCAAUUUGUUGCAGCCAACAGGGGCAGACAACCAUUUUCAGCAAAUACGAAUUGGCAUCAAAGCAUGCGUGCUGAUGAUUCCCCUGCUGGGUGUCACGUGGCUAUUCGGUCUUCUCUUGCCUGUGCAUAAAGCUUUCGCUUACAUCUUCACCAUACUCAACUCUAUUCAGCAGGGUUUUCUGAUUUUCGCUCUACACUGCAUGCGAAACACUCAGAUCAGAGAGCGAUUCAAAAGAAAAAUGAAUAUCGUUUUUCUAUCUUCUUCAAAGGACAACUAUACAAGGAAGAGCUCACAGGUCAAUCCAAGUGAGGUUGGGGAUAUAAAGGCAGUUGAAUUGCAGUCUUUUGCUAAAUUUGAAUCGAAAUCGCACUUAACUGGAUCCAGCCAACUGGAAAUAACAGUCAAUUACUUGGUACAAGUACUUACAGCGAUUAGUCGGUUGCGAUCGGUCUGAGUUGCGAUCUGCAGGUAAAAGAGGUCAUUCCGUUCAUCUUUGUUUAAGCACUCAACUAGUUGUAAACGUAACCUAACUUCAUGAUUAUAAGGUUAUUUUCUCGGCAAUCGGACAUUUUCAGGCAAGAUUCGACGAAAUAAACCAAUCUAUAAUUUUUUUUAUAUUUCUAAUGGCUCAGUAUGCUGACGACUAUCCUUCGAAUAAGAUUACAGUCUGCCACAGACGAGGCGGGAAUUUAUGCCAGGAAAUCAUGACUCUUCUUUCUUCAAAAAAGCACUCUAACACGCAGCUUUAAUAGAGUGUAUUUAUGUUUUGAUUCUUGGACGCGAACUCUCUGCGCUUACGGCAUGAUUAUUUCAUAUUCGGCGUUUUACUUAUUGAGUUUUAACAAAUUUUUCAUCAAACAUUAUUAUUACUAUUAACAAUAAGCUAUGGAUAAUAACUGAAUAUAAGUUUCUAGAAAUUUCGAGAAUGCCUAGUCAUGCUGAUAUGCAUACCAAGGAACUUUCUGCAGCAUUUUACUGGGUUUCGUAGUUAUGAUUUAACACUAAAAAUAUAGUUGUGUUGUAAGCUUCCAGAAUUUUCUAGAAUACUUUAUACAUAAGGAGUCAGUCGUGUAGCAGUAGUACUAGUUGUUGUCGGGAGUGACUGACUUUUCAGAAAGCAAUACCGAAAGAGAGCUACUGUAGAAGAUUGUUAAUUUAAGGGAACUUUGGAGACAACUGUGAGAUCGUGUCAAUGGUGAGCUAAGAUAUAGUUUUUAGUUGGCUUCAGUAAGUUUAUUUAAGGAUAAUUGUUCUACUUCCCGUUAAGAGUCGCUCAUUGAUGAGAAUAUUACAAGUUGUUUAAUUAAGUAGUCGGGUUUGUUAAGGCCUAUUUAC